UCUCUCGGUUCGGCGAGGCUCAUUUAUAUAUCGAGAAGUUGUUGAAUAUGAAUCUCAUAUCAAGCUUCUGCUGCGGUUUGUCAUAAAACGAUUGCUACUACAUUAUAUAAGACUGUCUCCAACCCAAGCAUGCAAAUUUGGAGAAAUGGAGGUUUUUGGCUUUUUUCAUCUCCAACCCACCAAUUAUUUGGCUUGCAAAUUUGGAGAAGUGGGCUUGGGAGUGGAUAGAUAGAAGCUCAUAUGGAAAAAUGCAAGGAGAAGGUGGGGGGACCAACCAUGGAACCCAAGCCCACACGCUGGGGCCCUCCACUUUAAAGCAUCUUCUUUUUUCUUUUUUUUUUACUUUCUUAAUUUUUGAUUGGUUGGUUAUGAGUUGGGAAGGCAAAUUUAGAAGGUUUAGGGUUGGAGCAAAAAAGUGUUUUUGAAAGGUAAAAAUACACAUUUGAGAAUUUGAGAGGCUAAAUAUAACCUUUUGCGUUGGAGUUAGUCUAAGUACUGCAACAAGAAAUGCAGACCUUCCAAUCAUGAACCUAAUGGCUAAACACUGGUCCAUUCCACGCCUCUAACAUAACGAGGUGAUUAAUGACUUUACCACACUUCAGAGUAAGCUUUAUUAUAUUAAUUGAAAAUAUAAAGACUGAAAUCAACAAGCGUUUGUAGUCCAACGGUUAGGAUAAUUGCCUUCCAAGCAAUAGACCCGGGUUCGACUCCCGGCAGACGCAUUUUUUCCACCUUUUCCGUCUUUAUUUAUUUAUUUUGAUGGAUAACCCGAGAACCGACUUGGCCGACCCAGGAACAAGAAGGAAGCGUCUAGAAGCCGCGGGUAAAACCUGUUCGCUGCAAAUUAUCAGCAGCUCCCCGUAGACGAUAAAAAACCCGAACCUUUUCUGGAAGAGUACAGCGAGAAGAGAGAGCGGGAGAGAGGUUCCGUCGAUCUAAAGGUUGUCGACCGAUCCGAUCGAAGAAAUGGCGGAGCACUUGGCGUCGAUUUUUGGGACGGAGAAGGACAGGGUGAAUUGCCCCUUCUACUUCAAGAUCGGAGCUUGCCGCCAUGGCGACCGCUGCUCCAGGCUCCACACCAAGCCCAGCGUCAGCCCCACCAUUCUCCUCUCCAACAUGUACCAGCGCCCUGACAUGAUCACCCCUGGCGUCGACGCCCAGGGAAACCCUAUCGAUCCCCGCAAAAUCCAGCAGCACUUCGAGGACUUCUAUGAAGAUCUAUUUGAGGAGUUGCACAAGUAUGGAGAGAUUGACAGCCUGAAUGUUUGCGAUAACCUUGCUGACCACAUGGUGGGAAACGUUUAUGUUCAGUUCAGGGAGGAAGAACAGGCUGCUACUGCCUUGCGCAAACUGACUGGAAGAUUUUAUGCUGGCCGCCCCAUCAUUGUGGACUUCUCCCCAGUUACAGACUUCCGAGAGGCCACCUGCAGGCAAUAUGAGGAGAACACGUGCAACCGUGGUGGCUAUUGCAAUUUCAUGCAUCUCAAGAGGAUUGGCAGGGAGUUGAGGCGGCAAUUGUAUGGGAGCUACAGAAGCAGGCAUAGUCGUAGCAGGAGCAGAAGUAGGAGCCCUUACAGGCAUAGAAGCCAUGAAGAUCAUCACCAUAGGAGUAGUAGAAGAUAUGACGAUGAAAGAGAGCGGUAUCAUGAGAGCCGGAGUAGAAGGAACAAGACCACCAGCCCUGAUCACUGGAGGCAUCGAAGUAGAAGUCCAGGAAGAGGGAGGCGUGACAACCGAAGCCCUGUUAGGGAAGGCAGUGAAGAGAGGAGGGCCAGAAUUGAACAGUGGAAUAGGGAAAGAGAAAAUGGAUCGAGAACUGAUGGUAAUACUGAUUCUGGAUACCAGGAGCAGGAUUCGCGCAAAGAAGUGGAGUAUGGCAAUUGAGUAUCUCUGGUUUGUUUCUCUUCCUUGGCAUUAUUUGAUCUUGUGUUUUUUUUCCUGAGUGGAAAUUGAGCAUUUUCGACUGUGCAGGUGAUUUUGCAGGUUUCACAGUUCUUUUACUCUGCCAUAAUGGAACAUAUUUGCUGCUCAGAAUUGCAUUUCAUAGUGUUUAACCGUGUGAUUAACACUUAACAUUCAUUUGUGACUGUUAUUCUGCCAUAAUGGAAUAUAUUUGCAGCAUGUUUGCAUUCUAUGUAUGCAUCCAUUACAGUGAAGGAACUCUCUGAACAACGUUGUAAUGAGGCUAGUAGCUAGAGAAUGCAUUCAGAAUCUGCAGUCUUACAUUCGGAUUUUGUCUUGUGAACUUCCUCAGUCCUCACGCAAAUCCUUUGUGUCUUUCCACAUUACACGGAGAAAAUACUUGACGUGUGUGAUCAUGAGUUUUUUGCAGGUUUCAAGAAUCCCUGCUUCUCCUAACCAUACCUUGUUUUGUUGAAAUAACCUCCUAUGAUCAUAUUUGUUUACAGGUGGUUUUGAUUGGAGGUGUUGGCUGGAGGAAUCACAUUCACGCGAGGAACGGGUUAUAUAGAUUGACGACUGACUAGUUUGACCCAAUGUUGCAGCCUGCAGGGGAAGUCUGGGACGGUUGGAAUCUCUUCUUUUAGGACGGACUACUUCGCGGUUUCCUUUGUUUUUCUAGGAACUUUUGUGUUGUUUUUGUUUUCUUCCUCCCAAAUGUAACUGGAUUGGUCAUUUGCCCGUUUGAAGUAAUGAACAUAUGUCUGCACUUUAAUUUAUGUCCGCCAUUCUUUUAAUCACUAUUACACUCAACAAAGGUUGUUAAAUCCCCUACUUAACUCUCGAUUAGAUCCGGUCUAACUCGAGUCGGGUUUCAAAACGCCUCCAAGAAACCUCCGGUCUGAUUUCUAAAAAGAGUAAGACAGGGGAAAGAGAGGAAGAGGAAUGAAGAAAGGAAGAUGGUGAGUAUGUAAUGAAGGUUAAAUGGAUUUAUUUGAUGGAAAACAAGUUUUUAAUAAGACAGGGGAAAGAGAGGAAGAGGAAUGAAGAAAGGAAGAUGGUGAGUAUGUAAUGAAGAUUAGAUGGAUUU